GUAAACCAUCCACUACAUGUGAGGGGGUUUCUCCUGCCGGUGUCCAGAGGGAGGUGGUGGUGUGUGGCAGAUGCCGCGGUGCACUAACGUUACUUCCUGCGCUCUCCUCUUCUUCUCCUGUGCGCUAGCAGUGACAGAGGUGAGCUGCCUGCUGCCGCUCGCUCUGUUCUGGGGAAAAGCGGCCGACGGAUCAUCCAGCUCCGUAACGUUAACUCGUCGGCUAACGGUCGAUGCAGCAACCGUGAAGAGCCAUGAAAAGCUGCCGGAGAGCGUGAAAGUUAGUCAACGCUUGCUCGGGGACUUUAAUGUACGAAGAUAUAUAUAAAAAAAAGGGAGGUUCGACGAUCAUGCCGUCGCCCCAGACGGGACCUUUCCUGUAGGAUUUCCACUGGGCUAGUUUAAGGGCUAGCGAGGCUACAAACUAUUGUAAUUGGCUCUGGACUCAAUGGCUCUCGCUUGUUUCCCCCUGUCAUAGCAACACCUUGGAAAAUUAAGACGGGGAGAGGCCCUGUGAACUUGAUGACCAACCGAAGCCCGGCUCUGAAGCGUUACUUGGGAGCACUAGGCAGGCGAAGGAGCCACAAUGAAGAAGCAGUUCAAUCGGAUGAAACAGCUCGCCCACCAAACAGUUGGCAGAGCGGAGAAAACAGAAGUCCUCAGUGAUGACCUCUUACAGAUCGAACGGCGCAUGGAGCUGGUGCGUGUGGUGUCCCACAACACACACAAGAGAAUGGUGUCAUGUCUCCAGGGACACAUCGGUGCAGAUGCAGAGAAAAGACAUUCUGUACCACGCCUCUAUACAGGAAAUGGACAGAAAAAGCUUCCUCUGACAGCACUGUCCCAGGUGAUGGUGGACGGUGGAAGCCAACUGGGAGAAGAGUCCUUGAUAGGGAAGAUGAUGGAAAUGUGUGGCGAGGCAGAGAAUCGUCUGGCUUCAGAACUGAUGCUACAUGAGCUGCAGAUAGAGAAGGAUGUCCUGGAUCCCCUCAGCCAGCUGGCAGAGGUGGACAUCCCCAACAUCCUGAAGCAGAGGAAACAACUGGCCAAAUUAGUGCUGGACUAUGAUUCUGCCAGAGCGAGAUGGUUGCAGGCAACCAAGUCAAUAAUCUCAGGAACAAACACUCAAGCACUGACGGCCAAGGCUGACCUACUCAAAGAAGAAGUGGAUGAGGCCAUGAACAAAGUGGAGCUUUGCAAGGAUCAGCUCGCUGCAGACAUGUACAGUUUUUCCUCAAAAGAAGGUGACUAUGCCCGCUACUUCGUGAUGCUCCUUGAAGCGCAGGCUGAUUACCACAGAAAGUCUCUCACUCUUCUGGAGAGUGUCUUGCCAACCAUCCAGGCUCAGCAAGACUCGUGGACAGAGAAGCCUGCCUUUGGGACUGCGCUGGAUGAACACCUGAAAAGGAGUGGAAGAGAGAUCGCUCUGCCCAUAGAGGCCUGUGUCAUGAUGCUUCUAGAGACUGGCAUGAAGGAAGAGGGUCUAUUCAGGAUCGCAGCAGGGGCGUCCAAGCUAAAGAAGCUAAAGGCAGCGCUGGACUGUUCCACCUCACAACUGGAGGAAUUCUACUCUGACCCCCACGCGGUCGCUGGAGCACUGAAGUCCUACCUGAGGGAACUUCCUGAACCUCUGAUGACCUACCAGCUUUAUGAUGAAUGGAUCCAGGCAUCCAGUGUGUCAGACCCAGACAAGAGGCUCCAGGCACUCUGGGUUGUGUGUGAUCAGCUACCAAAGAACAACAAAACCAACCUGAGGUAUCUGGUGAAGUUUUUAGCCAAACUGGCUCAGGACAGUGAGGUAAACAAAAUGACUCCUAGCAACAUUGCCAUCGUCCUGGGACCUAAUCUACUCUGGGCCAAGACCGAGGGGAGCCUUGCUGAGAUGGCUGCAGCUACCUCUGUGCACGUGGUGGCCAUCGUGGAGCCCAUCAUCCAGCAUGCUGACUGGUUCUUUCCUGAAGACGUGGACUUCAAUGUGUCUGGUAUGUUUGCGAUGCCCACACCUGCAUCCAACAAUCACCUAGAUUAUGACUGUGGCACCGUUGAGAGGAAGAGGCCUGGCAGCAUGGUGGGACCAGAGAACGAGACGGCGCGCAAAGACAUCAACCCUAACAAGCACUCGGACCACACCCUUCGUAGAGGCAGUAACACCUUAAGUAGAAAGCAGCACACCUCUCCUGCCUUCCAACCUCCUUUACCCCCUGUGGAGGCUCCAGGGCAGGGGCACGGGGCCGGGCAGGUCCCCCAGCCCUUGGCUGAGCCCCAGCUACAAGCUCCAACAGGGGGUUUAGGUCCUGACGCUGCCCAGCAUAGUGUGGCGCAGGGUCUGGCUGCUCUUGCUGCCGCUCAGCAACUUCUAGCUCAGCACACAGAGGAGCUCAGCAAUACCAGACUACGUGACUCCACACCCGCCCCGACCCCUCUGCUCCAGAGGAAUGGCUCUGGAGGAGCAGGCCACGCUGCAGGACAGCUAGGAAAUGGGGCCUCCGGGGCGGGAACCAUGGGGCCCAGUCCACAUAUGAUGCGCAGAGGUACCAAGAAGCAGGCUCCUGCCCCUCCCAAACCAACAAACCCUCCUCCCAACCAGACCUGUAGUUCAGUGAACCACACUGCCUCUUUUUCAUCCCAGCCCUUCAGCCCCACCCCCAGACCCUUGUCCAGCCACUUGUCCAGCUCGCCCACCUCGCCCAGCUCACAGCCAUGUGCCACGCCCAGACGCCACUCCAGUAAUCAGCCCCCAAUUCAGGCUCCCAGCCACCCACCUCCAGAGCCUCCGACACAGGCCAGCCCUCCAGCACAGCCCGCGUCAGUCAGCCAGCCCAGCGGUGACCAGCACAGCACAGACCCCUCACCUCCAGGCACCCCAACCCCUCCAGACACUCCUCCACCUUCCACUGCCGCCCAUUAA